AUGAUCAAGUGGGAUUUACUCCAGGGAUACAGGACCAAAAGCCCCUUUUUAAUAGUAUGUUUUGUAACACUUGUUGGUGCAAAGCUGACACCAGAAUUUGCCAAGAGGAACUUUAAGCUGAUUGCCCUUUCAGUAGACAGUGUUGACCAUCAUCUAGCCUGGAGCGAGGAUAUCAGUGCUUACAACUGUGAAGUGCCCACGGAAAAGUUACCUUUUCCUGUCAUUGACGAUAGGAACCGGGACCUCGCUAUCCUGUUGGGCAUGCUGGACCCAGCAGAGAAGGACAAAAAGGGCAUGUCCGUGAUGGCACGCCUGGUGUUUGUUUUUGGUCCUGAAAAGAAACAGAAGCUGUCUAUCCUUCACCCAGCUACCACUGGCAGGAACUUUGAAGAGAUUCUCAGAGUCGUUAUCUCUCUCCAGCUGACUGCAGAAAAGAGGGUUGCCAUUCCAGGUGAUUGGAAAGUUGGAGAUAGCGUGAUGGUCCUUCCCAACCAUCCUGAAGAGGAAGCCAAGAAACCUUUUCCUAAAAGAUGCUUCACCAAAGAGCUCCCAUUUGGCAAGAAAUACCUGGGCUACACGCUCCAUCUGUAGGUCUCCUCUAGGAGCUGGUGCUAGGGAUGCUCACUUGGCACAGUGAGCUAGAGGGUGCCAGCUGUCAAUCAAGUGUCCUACAGCCAUUCCAUAAAAACAUCCUGCUGGAAUCACAGCCAGUCUUUAGGUUGCUGUACUAUUGGCUUAUUAACUGAAAAUGGCAUUAAAAAAAUAACUCUGACCUGAGCCUUUCGUUUGGAUUAGUCAGUGUCCUGAAAAUGAAACUUUUAAAAAUGUAUAAGCUGUAUGCUAUCAUUAAUGAAACUUUGAAAAAAGGAAAUAUUUAUUCAUAGUUACUUUCAAACUAUAUUAAUAUAUUUUCUUGCAGCCUUAAUUAUAUGCAUUAGAUUGUGCUCAUGGUUUUUCCUCUUUUUGCAGUAAACAGAAUUCUAAUUAUACUUUUGUACGGUUUUAUAUUUUGCUGUUUUCAUAUCAUUUAUAAACUCUUCUAUAGAAUUGCACACACUUGACAAGCCAGUUUAAAUGGCUACUUAAUAUGCCACCAAAUGGGUAUAUCAUUGUUUAAUUAUUGCUUCAUGUCUGGAGAGUUCGUUUGUAAGUUUGUCAUAUUGCAUAUUUUGCUUUGUGUCUGAAAAUUUUUCCCUAAUCGAGUUUUAAAUAUGUAAAUUACAGAACUGGAAUUACUGGAUUAGUAGGUAUGAAAUAUUAUAAGGAUAUAUUUUCUAAAAGCAACUUAGAGUGCCAUCUUCUACUUGAGAGGAUAAACUUAUAAUGUUUUAGCAAUUAUUCUUUAGUAAUUUGUAGAAUUACUUUAGAAAUAUUUCUUACAUAGAAUUAUAAUGAUUUGGAUCAAAUAACUUUUUAUAAAAUGAAAUUCUACACCAGCGGUUCUCAACCUGUGGGUCACGACCCCUUUGGCGGUCGAACGACCCUUUCACAGGGGUCGCUUAAGACCAUU